AUGACGACGUACGCUGGUCCCAUCCUCUUGGCCCUCGAUGGCUACUACGAGUGGAAGCGAGCCUUCCUAACGUCGGCGUCGGCGCUGGGCUACAGCGCUUACUACAUGACCCGGGCCUACGUCGACCCGACGCUGCCAGAGUUCCUCAGCGACGAGCAGCGAGCGCACAUCCGCCAGUCGGCCGAGGCCGCCGAACCGCCGGUCGACGGCGACAACAAGUCGAUGGACCAGCUCGAGUACGCGCGCGGGCAGCGCCAGCAAAGGGUGCGCGACCGCGUACUUGAGUACGCAGUCCUCGAGUGCGAGUCAAUGGGCCAGCGCGUCGCGCAGCGCGCUGCGAGGUACCAUCUCGCCGCCAUCCACGCGGACGUCCAGAGCGCGCUCGGGCACUGCGUCAUGGACCCGUUUGAGCUAUGGAGCGCACUGCGCCGGCAAGUCCAAGCGACCAACCGGGAUCUUUUCUUGCUCCACGCACACGUCGCCGACGUCACGCUCGACGGUCUCUGGCAUGUGCCCACCACGUUUCUGAGAGACUUUGACGCGGCGGCGCAGCCGUUCACGGAGCUGCUGUUGGCGCCCGACGCCGAGCUGCAGACGCUGAUUGACGCCAACGACGACGCCAAGGUCCUUCUCGACGAGUACCAAGCGCAGCUCAAGGAGAAGGUUCUCUCGACCUUGUUGGCGCAUGCGUGCGCGCCGCACAUGUCACCGCUCUUCCAGGCGUGGCAGCUUCAAGUCGGCGGCUGGGAUCAUGCGUUCCUCAAGCGGCGCGCGAUCGAGUACUUGCGCAGUCUCCCGAGCUCGGCCGUGCUGCUGCCGCCGAGCGAUGCGGCUACGGUGGCGCGGCAUGCCAUCCACAGCGCACCGCCACCAAUGACGGCAACGAGCGAGACGGAGACACCGACCGCUGGGAGCAGCAAGCGCAAGGCGGCGCCUCAAGACGCUCCACUGACAUCAACGAAGAAGCGCAAGGCAGCACAGAAAGCCAAGUGCAAGGCGGAGACGACAGCCAUGUGCAAGUACUGCUUUGAAAGGGGCCAUGCGACCAUCGCCUGCAGCAAUCUGCGCGACGACUACAUCCACGAUGCUGUCCGCGACGACUUUGAACUGCGGAGCGACUAUGGCUGCGCGCAUUGCAAAAGCCGUGGCAUUCGCAGCGUCCACCGCCAAGACCACUGUGCGAUCUAUCAACGCGUCGCCCAUAUGAACCAGCCACCUUUGGUCGAGCUCGACGUCGCGACCAAUCUUCCUCUAGUCAGAUAG